AUCCAAUGCUCAUUAGUACAACAUACAGAUCUACCGAGAGAGACGCAAGUACAAUUUAACAGAAGAAUCAGAUUGAACCUCUUACGACCACAACCUCAAGCAGCUAAAAAUGAAGACUCCACAUUUUGCUGUUUUAUUGAUUGCUGUUUUGGAAAUAAGUGCAACUCCAACCAGCAGACUCUCCUGUUACAAGAAGAUAUUAAGAGAUCGAAACUGUCAUAACGUCCCUGAGGGAGUGGACUAUGUUAGGUCAAUUGAUGGAAAUCUACAAGAUCACUUUUGGCAUGGGAGUGGGUGCGAGAUAGUCUGUUAUUGCAACUUUAAUGAGCUGCUCUGUUGUCCAAAAAAUGUUUUCUUUGGACCAAAGAUAUCGUUUGUGAUUCCUUGCAACAAUCCUCAAUAAAUGAAGGCACAAAUAACUGAUUAAAGAAAAUGGUGGAUGAAGAAAUUGUUAAUGAUCUUCCCCUUCCACACACAAAAUAAAACUGCAUUUACCAAUGUUAGAUUUUGAAAGCUAACGGGUUAAUAUGUUAAUAUCUUAAAGAAAUACACUUGACGCACUUGUAUGUUUCAAGAACACCUAAGCUGAUCUCCCCAUGCAUCAAAUAACAUUGUGGAAGUACAUAAUUACAUCACAAUAGCAUAUCAUAUUUUAUUGUGGUUAUUGAUAAAUGUAUGACAUUAAUGUUGUUGCAUGUUUUUAUAUAUGCUAACUUUGGAUCUAUAACAUUAGCCACAUAAUUUAAAAGGGGUUGUAAGUAAUGUACCACAUGCUUUAGAAAUAUGUGCAAUUGAGUUGGGAAAUGAACAUUAAACUAAAAAUGUCAUAUUUAUUUAAGGGAAAAUGUUACAAUCUUGCAAUAUGUAUUACUUUUAUUGCCUGCUUUUGCUGUAAAAUACCUCUAAAAGUUUACUUGUUGCAUUUCCCUCCAGAAAUGCUGCAGGGCCUCCAAUAAAUGUAAGUAAUGUGAAAUUUAGCUCACCCUGCAACAUUCUACUUGGUGAUUGGUUAGCUCAAAGAAGAAGGUAAUUUACAUCUGUAAAUAGGCUACAGCAAAGGAAAUCAGAAAUAUGGACUCCACCAUGUGUAUCAAAGGGUAAUCUUGAUUUGCAAAAUGUGACAACAUUAUAUGAUAUAAUUCACAUUAUAUGCAAUGCAGAGCUUAGUUGCUGAUGAAUGCUAUUCAUAUAUGAAAAUAUUGCUUUAAUGUCCCUAUAAAAUUGUUUGAAAUGCUAUGGCCAACAAUCAUCCUUAUAUGGUCUAUUUAUAAAGGGCAGCACUCACUUUCUAAUAUAUAACUAUGUAUUAUAUAUAACUUCUUAUAUACUGUACAUGAUUACUUUGACAAUAAUUUAAUAUCUUCAUCAGGUUCAAUUAUUUUAAUAGAUUGUUUUGGAAGUAUGGAAUUUUAAAUUUGUAAUGCAACUCAAUUAAAUUUUAAAUGUUUAUUUGAAAAAUUAUAUACAUUGAAUGACCACUAAAUAUAAUUUAAACAGCAAUAAAAACAAACAAAAUAUACCUUAAGUGGUCAUAUUAAAGGGAUAGUAAAGUCUAAAUUAAACUUUAAUGAUUCAGAUAGGGCAUGUAAUUUUAAACAACUUUCUAAUUUACUUUUAUCACCAAAUUUGCUUUGUUCUCUUGUUAUUUUUAGUUGAAAGCUAAACCUAGGUAGGCUCAUAUGCUAAUUUAUAAGCCAUUGAAUGCCACCUUUUUGCUGAAUGCAAUUGACAGUUUUUCACAGCUAGAGGGCAUUAGUUCAUGUGUUUCAUAUAGAUAACAUUGUGCUCAUGUGUGUGAAGUUAUUUAAGAGUCAGCACUAAUUGCCUGAAAUGCAAGUCUGUCAAAUAAUCUGAUAUAAGGAGGCAGUCAGCAGAAGCUUAGAUACAAGGUAAUUACAGAGGUUAAAAAUAUAUUUCUAUAACAGUGUUAGUUAUGCAAAACUGGUGAAUGGUAAAUAAAGGCAUUAUCUAUCUUUUUAGACAAUAACAUUUUUGGUGUUUAAUAUCCCUUUAAAGCAUGUAAGAACAUAUAUAACUUUAAACUCUUAAUUUUUUUCAAAUAUUUUUAGAAAACAUCCAAUACAUAUAAAUAUUAUCAAGCUCCUGUGUUAUUCCUUUCAUAUCAAUGCAUCUAAAGCUUCACAAUAAAGGAGCCAUGUGGUUAACAA